CCGGGCUCCACUCAGUGGCCAUGGGUCUCCCGCCGCAGCUCGAGAUCUUGCUCUACACCGUCAACACGCUGUUGCGCAAGCGGCGCUACCAUGCGGCGUUGGCCGUGCUCAAGGGCUUCCGCAACGGAGCCGUCUAUGGAGCUAAAAUCCGUGCACCCCAUGCUCUGGUCAUGACGUUUCUCUUCAGAAGUGGAAGCCUAAAGGAGAAGCUCAAGGCAAUUUUUCAGGCCACAUACACGCAUUCCCGAAACCUGGCUUACUUUGUCUUUACCUAUAAAAGCUUGUGUGCCUUGCAGUCCUGUGUCCAGGGACAGACCUUCCAGUUUCAUUCCUUCCUGGCAGCCUGUAUCGGUGGCUGGUUGAUUUUUGGAGAAAAUAAUAACAUCAACAGUCAGAUUAACAUGUACCUACUGUCUCGAACCCUGUUUGGACUGGCCCGGCUAGCGGUUGAGAAAGGCUUCAUCCCAGAGCCAAAACAGGAUCCCUUUCCUUUGUUUUCUGCUGUCAUCUGGGGACUCAUCCUCUGGCUUUUUCAGUACCACAGACAUACCCUUCAGCCAUCUCUGCAAUCCUCCAUGACAUACCUCUAUGACGACAGCAAUGUAUGGCAUGACAUUUCUGAUUUCCUAAUUUAUAAUAAAAGCAGCCCUGGGAAGUAACCCACAGGCUUCAGGAAAUGUGGACUGGUGGAAUGCUCUGGCAUGGACAGGGUAAAAGUAGACAACUUUUUUGUUCUAUCAUAAACCUAAAGAGUUUUCAGAUCAGCCUUAACCAUCCCUUGAAUUAAUUUCUUGGUAAUUUUUUAGACAAACAUUGUUUGAACUACAGUCAUUUUUUUGUCAGCUUCUUUUUGUCAACAAAAAUGUAUAGAGACUAUGCUAGAGAUGAUUUAUUUCAUUCUCUAAGCAUCAUUUCAGGUUUAAUUUCAUUGAUAACAGGGGCCCUAACAUAUUUACAAAGUAAAGAACUGUUUUUUAAAAUCAAACUACUUACUAUGGAAAGAAAUGGAGUUUAUUUAGACCAUCGAUGGAAUACAAAUCUUUUUUUUUUAUUUUUAAAAAACUACUAAGACAGGAUGUAAGGGUUUCAAAAACCAAAACAAAACAUAGUUCUGCUCAGAGGCACCUAUGUACAGAGGACACACCUUUCCAUUACUUCAAGUGAUUUUACUGUGGAAACCCAGAUUUUGAAGAAGUCUUAGAAGUCAUCUAGUUCAGUCUCCCGUUGGAAUCCCACAGACCUCCACUAUGGUUCUUCAAACAAAAACUCCUUGAAUUGUUUUUUCCUGCAUUAUAAGAAAAUUUUUGUUGUUCAGUCAUUCAGUUGUGUCCAACUCUUCAUGACUCCAUGGACUAUAGCUAUCCAUGGGGUUUUCUUGUAAGGAUACUGAAGAGGUUUGCCAUAUCCUUUUCCAGUGGAGCCAA